AAAUUGGGGAAGGGGAAAACGAACGUUAAAAUCUAAGUCUAAGUCGAAGUCAAGGAUGCGUGUCAGUGCGUUUCGGACGCACUAACAGUGAAGUUAGUCCGGACGGGGAGAGAAACUGAGAAAGAAGGCGUUAGGCCGCUCAUGAAUUCCCAUAUUUAGAUUGAUGGCCUAAGUGUAAUGAUUUUGUCAUGGAAGGUGGUCUUUUGUCUCUUAAAUGGAACAAUCACCGCUCAACGUUUUUCCAUGUUCUCUCCACUGUUAGGAAAAAGGAGUCAUACUGUGACGUAACCCUUGCUUGUGAUGGGAAAUUUUACCCAGUACAUAAGAUAGUACUUGCAACAUGUAGUGAUUAUUUUGAACAGAUCUUUGAAAGGACAAGUCCUAUGUGUAAAACUCCGGUGAUUGUGUUGAAAGAUAUUAGACAUGAGGACUUGGAAGCACUUUUGAAUUACAUGUAUGUUGGAGAAGUGAAUGUCCUCCAGACAGAACUGUCAGGCCUCAUCAAAGCUGCCGAGUGUCUGAGAAUCAAAGGUUUAGCUGUGCCAGACGAAGCUCCGAGCGAGCACGAGACAUUUCACGACAACAAAAGAAACAUAGGCAGGUCGAGUGAUGAACCCGAAUCGAAACGUUUGAGACCUGAAGUUUUAUCAGUGCCCCAAAGAACAUCCUAUUUAUUAAGUGAUAAAAAUGCGCGGGAUAGGGAAAUAUCAAGACCUCACAUAGGUUUCAGAGAGCCAUACAGAGAAUCACCAAGAGCUCUAGAUGCCCUUAACUUACCAAGUCCCAGCACCAGUCCCAUUCCUCCAAGCCCUGAUACUCGAACACCAAACUCUGGAACCGUAGAGCCAGCGUCUGAGGUGACUAAACUUUCAAACGAGUCCCCUGCUCAAGAGUCAAAUACGAAGGGAUCAGGACUCUCCACCGCACAAGCGUCAGAAUCCUCAGACAGAGAGUUGGUUGUGGAUGAUAGAGUAGUUAAGGAAGAACCCCAAGAUGAUUAUUCAGAAGCUGAAGAAACCAAAGAAUCCAUUAGAUCUGUUGAAUCUGACUCAGGUGUUAGUUACCCUCUUCCAGCUGGGGAUCACAGUAACAGCAAUAUAUCAGGGAAAUCUGAAAACACGGGUUUUAUAAGAACCAGCCAACCACAAACGAUGGAGGAUCUCGUUGCACACGUUCUUCCUGGCACAUCGGGUCUUCAAGGGAACUCUUGGGAGGGUAGUGAACGCAACCUCCUAGGAAGACCCUUUGAAGGUUACUCUGGCAGCCAAGUGAGAGGACCACAGAUGGAUGGAUCCUUGCUGUGGCAGCUGCAAUCAGCCCGUCUGGGAAGUCAAGGCGUCCCUUGUCCUAUCUGUGGCCAUGUAUUUGAUCAUAAACAUAACUUCCUGAACCACUUCAAAAUCCACACGGGAGAAAAACCGUAUGCUUGUAACUUCUGCUCCUAUCGCACAAUUCAAAAAGGAAACCUCAAGACGCACGUACGGAAAGUGCAUAAGGUGGACGUCUCGAAUCCUGAUAAGCACUCACCAGACUUUGUGGAUAAACCUACUUGAUAAGUGCAGAUUACUAUACUAUCUAUCUUUUACAAUAGCUUGUAUUGUACCCUGGAGGUAUGUUUUUAUUAACAAUGGGUGUGCUGCUGCUGGCAUGAAUUGGAAAACUUGGCAUGUCCCACAAAACUCGAAUUGGUACUAUGCACUCGGAUAGUUAUCAAUCUAUUAUAGCUGAUCUCGAGCACCUGUCUUACAGUUUAUCUCCAGUGUAAACGCCCAGUAGAAAACAUUUAUCAUCCUAUAAAGUGGUUUUACAUUUUUACAUACCACUACAACAAGAGACACAGUGAAUGGAAAUUCAGUUUAGCAUUGUCCAUUUCUGUUAAGAUUAAUACUGUACGUAUUGGUUAAAUUCUGGUAACAAGUAGAUUUCAGGUAUUGUUUAUCAUCUAAUUAAAUAUUGUGGUGCAUCUGAAAUAUCUCAAUGAAUUUGAUUAGACACUGUGAUAUAAUGUAUAUAGGUAAUUUUAUUUAUUUAUUUUUUUAUAUAAUUUUCAAUAUUUUUGGGGGUAUAACAUUUUAUUUAUCACUUGUAAGAUAUUUUAUUUAUCAUUUGUCAAGCUGCAUUGUAAGUUUCAUCAUGGUCAAUUAGAAUGAUUUUGGCUCGUAAAUAAUUGCAUUAGAAUAGAAGUGACUAUUAAACUGGUUAUUUUUAAAGGUAAAAAAAAAAAAGUUUUAUCUAAGUUGCAAUUCAUAAGAACGAUGUUAUAUACUAAUGCACAGUUUGAAGAACAACCGGUGUAUCUCUUGACUGUAGUCUUGUUAAACUACUUAAUGGUAAUUAUGUGAGGUUAAGAAAAAGUUUUUAACCUAUACAUAUUCUGUAUUGUGGAAUGCCUCAGUAUGAAUUGAAUACUGUACCUACUUGUUUUAGUUUUUCUGUAAUGAGAAAAUUUUGUGCAUAUUUCUGAUUAUUGUGUUUCAGUAAAACCUGCCAAUGAAACUUGUGAAAUGUACCUGUAAUCCAGUGCACAUUGAUGAAUAAUAGAAAGACAUAAUAUUAGUAUAAUGCAUCUGCCAGUUAACUUCCGCAAAAUCUCGAACCGAUAUUGUAUAAUAUCGCAUAAUAACAAUCUCGUAUAAUUAAGAUAGCGCAUAAAUCGUUAGAAUUCAAUUGGAAGUAAUAUUAGCCUAGGAAAAACUCAUUGCAAGACUGUGAGAAAAUUUCCAUUCUGAGUCAUGUUAUAAUUAAUAAUUGUCUAUUGUGUGAUGGUUGGGUACCAUUUCAUCACUUUCCUUGUGAAUGAAAUCAUAAGAAAAGUGACGCUUAAAAGUCAUAUAGCCAUUGUUAGCAUAAGAACUGUAAAUUACGUACGUUGUGUUCGUUAAGCCUUCAUGGUUGAAUGAAUUCUGUAGGAUGACAAAGAUUGUAUAGACUGGAACAAAUUGAAUCUAUCUUGACAAUGAUUCGUCUUUUUGUGGGUCCUGUAUGUUAUAACUAUAAUUAAAUAUGCUCAUUUGUCAUAUUUAAAGGCUAGAAAUGCUUCGACUGUUUAUUCGUUAGAAAGUUUUUUUUAAUAUUUAUUUUAUUGUUAGUAUUGUUAUUCAAAGUUCAGAAAGCUUUCCAGUCUUACUUAAUAAGUUUAUUAUAUCCCAUUUUUACUAUAUUUAUGUCGCUUCUGAAGUUGGAGUAUGGUGUGUGUGUUUUAUCAUAGGAUAUUUUGUGUUUACUAGGCAUUAGUUUUUAUUCUUGUUUGUGUGGUGGACAAACCAUUACUUUAUUAAAUGUAGCAAUUGGUUACAACUUUAUUAAAUGUAGCCAUUGGUUACAACAAUAGAACCUGGCAAUGAUGGCAGAAUUUAUUAGGGUGUUGCCACCAUGAUCUUUUUCCAAACCCACCCAAAUGACCUUUGGGGUGAAUGGGGGGAUAAUAAUGCGACAUGAGGUGGUGUACUUCAAGAAAAAUGCUAGAUUUCUUUAUUAUAUUUUGGAUAUAUACUGUGCUUCUUUUAGAGCUCUCCACUUUUUAGGGGCCUCCAAGUCUGCCAAGUAUCAAAAAUUCUCUUAUACUUUUAUGGACCAACAUUAGUUUUACCAAGAUUCAGUACUGAACUAACAAAUUAUCUGCACCAUUGAGAGCAAACUUUAGUCAUGGCCAUCAGCACGAGUUGAAGAUUUGAUCAUGCUCAUCUGGGAUGAAGUACCUUGUUAACCACAAGGUAGGUGCCAAAACUACUCCCUCCCAUAACUUGCAAUUUGGAUGUUAUGUUACAUUUUCUUAAGAAUGCUGUAUUUCAAAUCCAGAGAGUGUGAGGGAUGAUCGUGAAGACCCUUUAAUCAAGACUAGCGUAAUGGUUAUUACCACUCUCAUUGUUUUUAUGACCAUCUUACUGAUAGAUUGCUUUCACAGAGUUGGGUAAAGAGGGAGAAGUAGCUGAUAGGUGUAAGAUUGUCAAGGUCUUCUUGCUCAGUUGCAGAUUGACCAAGAGGACCCAUUUGAACUUGAGUGCUUUCAGAGCUGCAAUGUAUCGAUGCAUUUUAUCCUGGAUUUUAAAGUUGACAAAUUGUUGGAAAAGCAGGCAGUAAAAAGAAUUUUUUUUUUAGUUCAUAAAUGAUUAAGAAUAGAGCCCCCAUCAUAGGCCAAGUCUGUUCAGUCACUUCACUCAGCAGACCCCUGAAUUAACAAUUAUACUAGUAUAUAUCCAUUGAUUCUUGAAGAUGAAGCUGAGAAGAAAAGUUUUUCAGUUCUGGUCCUGUGAUAUCUGAAUCUUAUGUUAUUGUUCUUGUAGUUGUUCAAGUUACUACCAGGCAAGUUUUACAAUGCAUAAUUACUAGGCUGUCCCCACUUAUCAGUGGCAUUGGUUAACAGAGUUGUUUUACAGUGUUGUUAACCAGAUUUUCGGUGCUGGUUUAUUGGCGUCAGCAAGUGAUUUUCGGCACCGGUAAGCAGUUUAUUGCAGGGAAUAUUAACAAUGUUUUGAACAACACAAUAGCAGUAACAUACACAGGAAAAUCAAGCAGAUAUCUGUUACAGACUACAAAAAUACCUCUCAGAAUCAGUUUUAGGUGUAUUCCAGAAACAUUAUCCUUAUCUGUCUUAUCUUGAAGGAAACAAUUUUAAGUUUCUCAUAUAGAGUAUGGCACCUCAGAAGUGAAAGUAUAACAUGAGCUGGAAACAGUAUGUCUUUUUUUUUUUAUGGCUUUUAAUAGGAUAUGAUUGCUGUCUUUCUGUUGAUGCUCAUAUUUCAUAUUAAAUAGCUCACUGUGACUGUAAUACAACAUACUCUACCUCUGACUAGCAUUAUUGCAUCAACCUUUCAUUAAGCAGAUUUCAAUAAAGCUUAAAAGCAAUUUGCCCCAAUGCUUGAAAGGUAUUUUGUCUGCAAGCUACAAGAAAGUUGCUUUUGUUGAAGGCUGUUAUAAUACUUGACACUUGCAGGUGUCUGACACUAACUUCACCAGGCAUGAGUCAGAUUUGCAAUUGAGGCAACGCAAAAUUGUACUUUUUCAUUCUUGUCUUACUGGCAAACUACUACAUACUACCUCAGAGAAAAUGAGAUGUUGUCUUGUCUCAUUUAUCAAAGGUUAUAGGGUAGCUAUCUCACAGGGUUGCCAUCCCCCUUGGUAGAUUUGAUGAUACUGCUGGAUAUGAAAGCAUUACAGUAUUUUAAAAUAGGACCCAAUUCUUGUCUUAUAAAGCUAACAAGAUGGGCAUGCGUCUUUAAAGAACUUGACAUUCAGGACAGUCUUUCUGUUAACAUUUGUCUUUGAGCUACUCGGAGGUAUUCUUGGGUAAUGUGCAUGAAAGGAUAAAACUCUGUAGCCUUUAACUUUUACCAUUGCUAAGACCCAACUACAUGGUUAUCUUAACAACUUGUUUGAGGCUUAAGCAAUUCCCAUUUAAGCUUAUUUUGUAGGAAAUAAUGAGGAUGAGCAUAUGCUUGUAUGUGGUUCAGGCUCCUGAAAGGACCCAUAGAAGUAGCAAGGCCUCUAAUUAAUUGGUAUAUCAGUAACAAAGAUAUUGGCAGUUAUCUCGCACCCUUGAAGACAGAAACAAAUGUGAUCAUGGGAUGUGAAGAGGGUUCCCCUUCUUAUGAGUACAUGUAGUUCUCAUCCACUUGGACUCAGAAGAAUUUUUACAUUAAUAACACAUGUGCCAGUAGUACUAAUAGGGUGUGGCGAGUACUACUAUGUACUAAUUUUGUGAACAUACAUAUAGCAUAUUGCACUACACCAAAGUUCCUCUUGGGUCACCUUCAGUUUACUUUAAAGAACAAAGAGGUUGUGGGUGAGGAAAAGGCUGAAUUCAACUCCAAUUUCUGUGGUACGUAGUCCUUGCCUUCCAAGGAUAAGCUGUUCUCUUAUUCAUGAUAUAUGAAUUAUUCCUCACACUAGAAGGAAGGCUAAGGAGAAAGCAGUUUUGUAUUUGUAUAAAAGACGUGGCAAAUUAGUUGUAGACUUCAUUUUUAGAAUUGCAUUUUUAUUUGAAUACGUAAUAUAAUGUAGUGAAGUACUGUACUGUACAGUAUUAGUACUAGAAAGCAUUUUUGUAAAUUUGUAUUGUAUAUUUUAUUGGUAUAGCAUAUAGACUUCAACGAAUAAUGGUAGCCAAAGCUUGUAGUGUAGUUAUGUACUUGUGCUAUUUUUAUUACAGAUUAUGAACUCAAUUUAUUUUAAGUAGAAUACUCCAGCCCAGUAAUAGCUAAGAGAGUAGUAAAUGGUUUAUAAGUCUUGUGUAUUAUUACAAUUUGAUCAUCAGGUUACCUAACUGCUAUUUUAAGGACCACACUGUUCUGGUAUUGUGCCAAUAGAAAAGGAAGAAUAUGUACAGUAUAUUAUAAUUA